AUGUCUCGUUUUUGGAGGAUUGCUGACUGGACCGGCACAGAAUUGGUACCGUCAACUGGGUCGCUCAGUCCGAGGAAACUGGAAGGACCUAAUGCCAGAGUUCAUGAUUCGGUUCUGUGGCACCGGGGUACCGGUCGCCCGCCAGUACUACCAUGCGAAGAAAAGGUCGGAAGAGACCCCGCUGGAUCAUCUGUACCGCCGAAUGUGCUUGGACUCAGGGCGAAGAUGAAGAUUAAGGAUGGGUCGCCCAAGGUUCAGAAGGAUCAUGUCGAUCACUACAUUUUGACGGUGGACGACCCGGAGCUAGCAGACAAGUUGACUAUGUUGCGUCUGGCGGACGUGGAAGAAUUGGAGGAAGUAUUGACAGCAUGUCAGCGGACGAAAGCAAGACGAGGCAAGAUGCUGUUUGGAUCAAACAAGUUUCGUCAGAAGGCACCAACACUACCCGAGAGGCCGAGAGAUAUGAAUCGCCGCUCCAUCAUGCAGUACGGACGCCUCUGGAAGACUCGAGCUCUGAAGAUUGCAGCCCAGACUCUUCGGAGAACGAAGGAGAACUAA